GGCAAGAGUAUGUGGAUCUGAAACAGGUAACGCCAGGUACAGGUGAUUUGGAAAUCGGCGUUUCGAUUGAGAGUGUGAAGAAAAUCUGUGAUGUCGUCGGACUGUGCGAUGUGCCAUCUUGACACUGUGUGUUCUUACGACCCUGAUGACUUGCUGGACGAGGGGGUAGUGGACUGCGGCUACCCAGGGGUGAGGCAGGUUGAAGUGCACAGCCAUGCCCAGACCCUUACACCGAUGGAAGGGGAGACAACUCUUCUCCAGGGGAAUGACUCUGGUCUAGGGGAUACAACCCAGCUCAAGUGUUUCGACUGUCCGGAUUGUCUGAUUGAGCGGAAGUUCAAGAAGUUGCCUCUGUCCAGUCCAAUGACCCAUGGACCUCUUUGGCCGCUGGGCGACGUUAACCACGCAGGAUUCGAACCCUACAAAGACGAGAUUUACUUACAUCGACUCGCCCUGGAGAAACGAGUCCAUCCUUUGAAAAGCCUCAACCGACAGAAAGAGAUCACGCCAGGGAUGCGGGCUGUCAUGGUGAGCUGGGUGACCAAAGUUCACCGCGACCACUGUCUCAACCCAGACAGCCUCUUCGUCACUGUCAACAUCAUCGACCGCACCAUGGCGGCUAUGUACGUAGACAUUCCAUGUCUACCGCUCCUCGGCAUCACUGCAUUACUAAUCGCAGCAAAAAUAGAGGAGGUUAUUCCCCCGGAGAUUAACGACUUGCUUGAUUGCUGCAACUCCAAAUACAACAGAGAACAAGUGAAAAAGCUGGAGACGCUGGUACUUCUGGCCUUGAGGUUCGACCUCCUGGUGCCGACCUCUCGCUUCUUCCUGGAAUACUUCUCCGCAUGUUGCCUUGGCGGGUGCGUGGAUUUGCAACAUGGAGAAUCACUCAGACAAUGCCGCGCCAUGUCCCGCUGUAUCCUAGAGAUGUCGCUACAAGACUAUCAACUCUGCCAAUACAGCCCCUCUCUGCUGGCGCUCUGUGCUUGGAAAACAGCUGUCGGAGUUCUGGGGGUCUGCGACGACAACUACUACCCCCCGGGGAUCUACUGCACUAGGGGACGCUUUGACCGGUGCCUUCGUGAAGUCCGAGCGUUCACAGAAACCUUCCAAUACAGCUUCCCAGACAUCGUUUCCAUCAGCGACAACUUCCGGAACCUCAAUGGAUUGGACUAACGCCAUCUUAAGAUAAAACAUAAGUCAGGACCAUUCAUGCUGAUGCUAUGGCGAGGAGUAUAUCGGUUUAGACUAAUUGACCGACUAAUUGACCCCGAAUCAGCGGAAUCACAUUUUACGCAUUGCAAUGAAAUAAGUGUAAAUGAAAUUAUGAUAGUGCUGUGUAUUCGCGAAUGAUUGUAUGUGGAAAAAUUUAAGACUUUUUUUGCUUUGUUCUCAUUUGUAUACAAACAAUAUAUUUAUUAUGUCUUGUAAAGUUUUCCAUGGAUGUUGGUUUACAGCAAUGAAAUUCACAGUUAUUAAUGUCUUUAUAAAAGUGCUAGCAGAUAUGUGAUUCCUACUGUUGUUAGUCCGCUUGCAAACCUACUUCAAAUAACAUGGUGACUUUAUUCUGUUCCGAGGGUACAACGGGUUAAGAAAGAUAUACGUUAAAUUGUGUUGCAAUGUUGUACAAACCGUUAGUCGCAGCUGUAUAAACUGUCGCAAGUAUGUGUUGCAACGUGACGAGAUUGAAUGACCUCCCCUAAAUGGAUAUAAAUUUGAAACAAACCAGUUUAUCAGGAGCAUUAAAGCUGAAUUUACUAUAUUGCUACCCUACUAGAUUAGUCUUAUUGUGGCUGUUUCCUUUGUAAUGUAAAUAUACAUAAAGUGUGUUGCCUUUAUAUAUAUUUACAUUACAUCUUCCCUAUUUCAACAUUGUAUGAACCAUGAUGCAACAUUUCUUCUCUAUUGCAACACUUUAUGAAGCGUUUUGCAACAGUUUAUAUUCUCUGUUGCAACUCUGUAUCAAGCGUAUUGCAGCCGUGUUUCUUCUGUGUUGCAACUCUGUAAAACCAUUGCCACAGUUUAACCAAAUCGGAAAGAUGUUUCUUGUCAGUUGCAACUGUAUUUUAUGUUGCAACUUUGUAUAAAACACGACACAUCUGUAUUGAGUUCUCUAUUGAAAGUCUAUAUGAAACUUAUUGCAACCAUGUUUGUUCUCUAUUGCCACUCUCUCUAACACACAACGCCACUGUAUAAACUAUAUUGCCAAUGUGUUUCAUCUCUAUUGUAACUGAAUUAACCGCAUUGCAACUGUUUUUCUUCUCUAUUUCCUCUCUAUAACACACUUUGUCACUGUGUAUAAACUCUGUUUCAACAGUGUUUCUUCUCUAUUAUAACUGCAUUAACCGUUUGCAUCUGUGGUUCUUCUCUAUUGCAACUGCAAUAACCGUAUUGCAACUCUAUAUGAACCUUAUUGCAACUGUUUCUUUUCUAUUUCCUCUCUAUAACACACUUUGUCACUGUGUAUAAACUCUAUUCUAACUGUGUUUCUUCUGUAUUGUAACUGCAUUAACCGUAUUGCAACUGUGUGUCUUCGCUAUUGUAACUGCAUUAACCGUAUUGCAACUGUGUCUUCGCUAUUGUAACUGCAUUAACCGUAUUGCAACUGUGUUCUUCUCUGUUUCCUCUCUCUCUAUAUUGCGAAUGUGUUUCUUCUCUGUUGUAACUCUGCAUUAACCGCAUUGCAAGGGUGUUUUUACUGUUUCCUCUCUAUAAAACACUGUGUAUAAAUGUAUCGGUAAUGUGUUUCUUUGCUGUCGUAACUGUUUGGACCGUAUUGCAACCGUGUUUCUUCCCAAUUGGAGCUCUCCAUACAAUCUUUUUUUAAACCGCGUUGCUUCUCCAGAUGUAUUGUGAAAAACGUUUUGCUACCCUGCUUUAUUCUACUGUAAUUCUUUAUAACCACAUUACAUUUCUUGUUUCCACCAAAUUGUGGCAUUGUAUUCACCACAUAACACUUGUUUCCACCACAUUGUGGCAUUGUAUUCACCACGUAACACUUGUUUCCACCACAUUGUGGCAUUGUAUUCACCACAUAACACUUGUUUCCACCACAUUGUGGCAUUGUAUUCACCACAUAACACUUGUUUUCACUGCAUUGUACUAAUUGACCCGUUCGGUGGCACUUUUCUUGUAUGUGUGUUUGUGGAAUUUUCACUGGUCAAAAUAAAAACAACAGGAAAAAUG